CCACUGCAGGGAGGAUGAGAACUUUCUGCCAGCACAUUUAAGCACAGCAGAGCAGGGGAACGUGGGUGUAAAGGUCGGUGGUGCAAGAGCCGUGGCGAGCUGCCCGGACUUCAGCCUUUCCUUUAAAUCUGUGGCUAGAGAAACUGGAAGCAAAGUUCGGCCGAAGCCUGAGCAGCGAAGGCACAGUUCUGCCUCUCAAGUUGCUUGCACGCUGGCCCGUGGCCUGCUGCAGGACAGCAUGGUGCGGCGUGUGGCCGUUAUCGGGGCCGGUGCCGGUGGGUUGGCCUCUGUCAAGUGCUGCCUGGAUGAGGGGCUGGAGCCCACCUGCUUCGAAAGGAGUGAGGACAUCGGGGGGCUCUGGCGCUACACGGUCAGUGGGCUCUACCUGCAUGGGGAGAAUUGUCCCUGGGUUUUUCCCCUCCCUCAGAUGCCCUUUGCCUGCAGCAAAGAGGAGAGGGUGGCCAUGCCCUCAGGGACUGUCCCUGUGCCAGGCUUGGGGCUCUCCCUGACCUCAAUGUGGAGAAGAUGGAGAGAGCAGAAGCCACGGUCACCAGGUGCUAAUCCUGGUUUAUUCCUUGUACCCGAAUACAAGGAGGAAAAAUACUCACAUGCUCUGGGGGGAGAAAGUCCUUCCCCACACACCUGUAAAUGGCACUGCUGGCUUCAUACAGGACUCCACGGACAGUGGGAGGGUCAGCGUGUACCGUUCGGUCAUCACCAACACCUCCAAGGAGAUGUCCUGCUUCAGCGACUUCCCCUGCCCGGAGGAUUUUCCCAGUUUCCUACCCCACAGCCUCCUCCUGGAGUACUUUCGGAUGUACGCCCGGCACUUCAACCUCCUGCGGCACAUACGCUUCAAGGUGAGCAGGGUCCCCCGAUGCCAUCAGUGGCUGCAAGUACCAGGGCAUCACCCAGGUGGGAUGGGACAAUGCUGGGUGCGAUCUCACAAGGACCACGUGCCUUUCGCAUCCUGAACGCAGCCUUUUUGGCUCCGUGUUUUAAAUUAGGCUGCUCGAACACGGGCUGCCUGGUGCAUCUCCCCUCUCAAUGCCGUCACCAGGGGAAAGGUGCAGGGUGGGAUUUAACAGCUUCAGUGGUGAACAUGCAGCUCCCCAGCGACCCAGCCUGCCUCUGGCAGCCCCAGGCCUUUGCAGGCAGGUCCUCUCCAAAAUGCGGCGCAGUCCCAGACUGCUCUUUUAUUGGGCUUUGGUGCAAGACAACAGCUCUCAGCGUGAAGAAGCACCCGGAUUUUACCACCUCGGGCCAGUGGGAAGUGGUCACUGAGACCGACGGUGUUCAGGAGUCACACAUCUUCGAUGCUGUCAUGGUUUGCACCGGCCACUACCAGGAGCCCUACCUACCAUUGGCUUCUUUCCCAGGUAUCAACACUCGUUUCAAAGGCCAGUACCUCCACAGCCGGGAAUACAAAGACGUGGAGGCUUUCCGGGGCAAGCGGGUCCUCGUGGUCGGCAUUGGCAACACCGGUGGCGACCUCUCCGUGGAGCUGAGCCGCGUGGCUGCGAAGGUGUUCCUCAGUGCCAGGAGCAGCACGUGGGUGUUCAGCCGGGUCUCGGACCAUGGCUUCCCCUUGGACAUGGUCCGCACCACUCGCUUCAACCACUUUCUGGAUUGGCUUCUCCCAUCAGCCCUCAUGAAGAGGAUCGGGUUUUGGAAGUGCAAUUCGUGGUUUAAUCACGUGAACUAUGGCUUGGCUUCCAUCAAAAGCUCCAGCUUUAAGAUAAUCGUCAAUGAAGAGCUGCCAUUUUGCCUCCUCUCUGGGACCAUUGUGUUGAAGCCAAAUGUGAAGGAGUUCACCGAAAGCUCUGCUGUUUUUGAAGAUGGGACAACCGAAGAAAACAUCGACGUGGUGCUCUUCGCCACAGGCUACAUCUUCUCAUUUCCCUUCCUUGAAGACUCAGUUCGCAGCCUCUUUGACGAUAACCGUUCCCUCUAUAAACGUAUCUUCCCUCCCCAGCUGGAAAAGCCGACACUGGCCAUUAUUGGCUUAGUCCAGCUGACUGGCUCUGUGAUGGUGGGAGCAGAAAUGCAGGCUCGCUGGGUGACAGGGAUCUUUGCAGGCUGGAACAAGCUCCCUCCCACCAGCAGGAUGAUGGCUGAUGUUUUGAAGAAAAAGCCGCCGGUCAAAAGGAAUCCAUCCGAGAGGGAGAACCUGAAGAUGAGUUUUAUCAGCUACACUGAUGAAAUUGCUUCGUGUGCUGGCGUGAAGCCCAACGUGCUGAAGCUGUUCCUGACGGACCCCCGGCUGGCCCUGGCCAUCUUCUUUGGUCCCUGCACACCUUACCAGUACCGACUGGUGGGACGGGGGAAGUGGAGCGGGGCCAGAGAGGCCAUCCUGACGCAGUGGCAGCGGACAUUGAAGCCCUUGAGAACUCGGGUGGUGGAUGACUCCUCCGAUGGCUGGCACUGGAUGUUCUUCCUGGCUCUGCCACUGGUUCUCACGGCAGGCUUCCUCCUUUCUAAAUACCCCCGGCCAGGCUGGAGCCCCCAGGCAGGUCUCCACUUGUAGAAGAAACCUGGUGAGACCCAAUUCCACAUGAGCUGGGGACGGUGCGAAGCUGUGCUGCUGCCAGGUGUCCAGCCUCCUUCUCCACACGUUUCACGCCCACCAAGGGCCAUAUGGAACAUUUACCCCAAACCUGCCCGCGUUGCACCAGCACCAGGCUGGAUCUCCAGAGGGCUUUUGGGAAGAGCCAUUCUGGGAUGGGCUGGUGUGCACAGGGCCAGCCUUCCUCCCCCUCUGCUCUCCCCGAGCUUCCCCCAUAAAAUUUCAGGAAGACCCACAACAGGUUGAGAUUUUCUGAAACACUGACCGCAGAGAUCUUUGUAUGUGUCUGGUAACUUUUGGGACUUGAAGUAGAGAGCCACAAAUAAACCUCACGGAUUUGGCCUUCCC